GGGAGAGAGGGAGGGAGGGGAGACUGGCCCAGUGUAUCUCCGCCUGUCAGUGCUCAGUGUCAGGGUGGCAGACGACAUGGCGAGGUACCAAUGACACAGGACUCACUGGAUUUGAAGCUAGAACGCUUGCAACCAUGGAUGGGUUGGUGGGUGUGGUGGAGGAGUGGCUGGCAGACUGUGAACAGGCCUCAGACAGCAAACAACUGUAUGAGUGUCUGCAGUGCGAUCAGGAGCGCCUCUGCCAUGCCAUCUACACCCUCUGUGACGAACGCUCCAGGUGUCCUGAGCUGUUUGAGAGCACAGUCAAGCAGUUGUUUGCUCUAGCGCGCAGCAAGGAUGAGAGGCUGCGGGAGUUUGUGCUCCUCUUCUCCCCGAGUCUGCUCUUCAUAUACCUUUCAUCCAUCAGCCUCGGGGAUAAAAAGGGUGUGGGCAGUGUGGAGGUGGCUCUCCUGGCACUGUACAACAUGGAGGUGCUGGACGAGCAGGGACAACCCAGGAUUGCACCGUUCCGCCUGCCCACCCUAGCACGCCAGUCAGUCUUUCAUGAGCCUGAGAGCCUAGCACCAGCCUCCUUUACUGUGGGCUCACUGCAGCGUCUGGAGAUUUGGGACACGGAGUCCGUGCGAUGGGGACCCCCAACACAGAUGACCUCCAUCACGGCCUCCACACGACAUCACUUGGCCACUGCCAUCAUGGUGGCCUUCAAUGCACGCUUGGCCACCUUGCCAAAGAUUGCGCUAGUACACCUCUGCAAGGCUGUUUCCAAGCUGCUGUGCCAGGGUUUCAACCGGCCGGGCCACCACCACCGUUCCUCUUACGGCAACGAGAGCAGCUUUGGCCUGUACCCGCGACCCACGCCCAGGAUACCUGUCACCUCUGAGCUGCUCAAGGAGUUCCUUCAUGCCGUGUACUUUGCCAUGCCAGCUGAGCGCAGCCUGCAUGACCUGCCACCUCUCACCUGUAUAAGCAUGCCACUCGCACACUUCCAUUACUCAAGCCACAAUGCAGCCAAGGGAGGGGGGAUGCUUUGCCCCGCCAUGAUGCCCAAUUGUGCCGGCCAGUGUUACCAUAGUCCCCAUGUCAAGCUGCGCAGGUUCAACGAGUUUGCCAGCUUGGGAAUACAGGCUCUUGAAGACAUACACAUGAGGGCGCAGUAUGAACUGUUUGCAGAUGUUCUCCUCAUGACAAAUGGCAUCAAGAACUCACUAAAGGUCAACCCAAGUGGCCAGCCCAGCGAUGGGCCGAUGGGGAUCAGCGUGGCACUCACACCCUCCACCACGACCAACACGCCGCUCUCCAAGACCUUCAUCACCAAUGCCUCCUUCAGGACCAAAAAGCUGCCAGACGACAUUCCCAUCCAGAACACGGAGGAUGGGCGGCCGCUCACCUCCAUCCAGGAAGAAGGGGAUGUGGCUGAUGACAAGAGCAAGCCCAUCCGCACUCCUCAGGGCUCCAGCAGGGAAAAGGAAGGCAAGGAGAAGGAAGGGAAGGAGAAGGAGGGAAAGGAGAAGCUCAAGUUUGCCAACCCAAUCAUUUCGAAGCCCAACCUUGGGAAACGGAAGGACAAGGAGAAGGCUAGAAAUGGUGAGCGGCGAGACAGUGACCGGAAGGGAGAAAAGAAGGAGAAGCACCGCCAUGAGAAGGAGAAGGAAAACCGCAACGGGACCAACAGCAACCGCAACAGUGCUGUUAUGAACAGCGAUUCUGAUGGUGGUAGUGAUGCCACCGGACAGCAACAACAGCAGCAGCCUCAGCAGGCACAGCAGCAGCAGCCUCAGCAACAGCAACAAACACAUGCACAACCACAACAGCAACAGCAACAACAGCAGCAACAACAGCAAAUUGAAAUGAAGGUGAUCUUAACCAAGUCCCCAAGACACUAUGAGGGCAGCAGUGGUGGGGAGGAACUGGUGCUGCUGGGCGGGGAGGAGGGUGAGGCUCACAGGGACGGAGACAGCCUUCCGCCAUCCCAUCAGACCAGAAGUAGUCCACUAGAGGCCAACGGGGCACAGAACCACAUCCCCAAAAUCCUCUGAGCUGGCAGGUCAGAGCCACACUUACUGUAAGUCUGUUUUUGUUUCACUUUUGCCACACACUCUAUCACAUUUUGGUGAGUCUGUCAAAAAUUAAGCUCACCACAUGACUGCCUUGAAGCACAUCAACACCCUGUUGCUUCAGGAAUUUCUCAACACACUCUUUGACGUAUUAUUACCUGCAGUAGAUGAAGAAUGCUAUCAAAAAGGCAUUAUAUCUGAAUGACAAUGAUCAAAGAAUCAAUGAUGCAGUUGUCCACUUCAUAUUGUCAUGAAAAAUGGCUAACAGUAAAGAACAAAGCUAUUACAGGGCGAGUAUUGUUUCUGACUGAGACGCUGGGAUGUGGUACAGUUCUGCAUCUCUUCAUCAAAAGUGUCAUACUUGUGCUGGUGGAUCUCUUAGUUAUGUUUAGCAUGGAGUUUUGUGUGUGUGUUUAAUGUAUUUUUUUAUCACAUCUUCCCUGUCUUGUGGAUUUCAUCCCAAUGCUAAAUACAAGAGAAUCUGAGAAAAUUUAUCUGGCUGUCCAUUCUUUGCCAUUCAGUUUCCUGUCUUUCAUCUGCUCUUGUACUGCAUCUGUCAACAUUUUGUUGAUUAUGUUUCAAUACUAAAGUCACUGAAAAUUCAACAAGCAGGGCAUUCAUUGUCAUCACUUUCAUCAACUUGUUUAUUGCAUCUGUCAGUGUUUUGUUUAUUUUAUCUCAAUACUACAGUUGUUGAAAAUUCAAAAAGCAGUUCAUUCAUUGUUGUCAGUUUUCUGUAUAUUAUCUGCAUUUUCACUCAUCUCUGUCCUUGUUAAUGAUUUUUUUCUCAAUACAAAAGGCAGUUACAAUUCAACUCAACUCAUCUUUUAAUUAUUGUGAAAUGAACCUUGAGGGAUCUUCCCAUACACCUCCUAUGAUCCACCACCAUUUUUUGUUUGAACACUAGUAAAAUCUUCCAUUGUGCAUAACUGCUGCAGAUUUUAGUUCCAUCUGAUAUAUGCAUGUUUCCCAGCAGACAUAAGAGUUAUCUUGACUGCCUGGAGGACUCUGCUUACAUUGUGUAUAUACUCGUGUAAAAGUCAGUCUCUUAUAAAAGCCAACCUCCCUGCCCAAGGCUAUGAUAUGCUCAACUGAGGAGGAAAUUUAAGCCCCUAGAAAUGUAGCAGUAGCAGUAGUAGCCCAUAGAAAAGAGGCACCCAUGUCAAACUCAGCCCCUCUGUACUUGGCCUUAAGAAAUUGUUCAAAAAAAUUUGGCUUUCCCACGAGUAGGUACACAAGGUUUGUUGUGGUCAGCAGUUAUUUACUAAUUUGAAGAGUACAAGUCAGGUUUCAGUGCUCAUCUACAAAUUCUCAGACUGUACGUUAAGAGUAUUAGUGAGUAAGAGUAGUGAGUGUUGUGGCAGUGCUGAGGUACACUAGUCAGUACAGACCUUUGGCCCCUCAAGCUGUGGGCUGGUGGGUACUUAUUUCUCUGUUCCUUGUGUGGGGACAGACAUACUGUUCAGUAGAAACUUUGGGGCAGGGUAAGGCUGGGCUUCCAAUUGGCUGUCAUUCGUAAUCCAUGUUCAUGUCAGCACCUGUAUCCUUGUCAGUGAAAAAUCCAGCCUAGAAGCAUGCACUGAUUCUAUGAUGGCUAUGACUACAGCAGUAAUUGCAACAUUCUCCCCCCAUCAAAAGUUUAGUAAGUUGAGCUUAAAGACACUAAAAGCUAUGCCACAGACAUGGAUAGAGAUUCAAACGCAGGACACAGAUCACAAAUCACAGACAAGUGGAUGCCCGGCCAAGUAGGGUUUGUUGAUUGUAUCUCGCCUGUAUCUAUGUCCUGUGAUCUGUUAGAGCAGUGGUUCUCAGCUGGUGGUCCAUGGACCUCUGGUGGUUCUUGAUUACUCUUUUGGUUGUCUUCAGCACGUUUGAUAGUAAGCAAAAACAAUGCUCUUGCCAUGGCAACAUGAAUUAUCUGAGGAAGGUAGUGAAAGGAAGUACUAGUCUUCUGGGAAGCAGCAAUGCUGGCUGGCCUGUUGGCAUGAGCUGGCUGUCAUAUUCUCAUGCUUCAAUAUUCUGGGUACAGGAAAUAAAUUUCAAAGCAAAGUGUUAGCUGUCUACUAUUAUAUAUAAUUUCAAAAAAGUUGCUCUGUAAGAAAUGUAUUUGAAAUCAACAUGUUUGUUACGUUCGCUUUUUAUUAUUACUCUAGAAAAGUGAUGGUUGACUAUUCUUUUUUAUUGGAUUGGAGGUCCAUGGGCGGUGAUGAGUUGAGAACCAGUGUGUUAGAGCAUUAGAUGUCACUGUCAGGGAGGGUGCAGGGGUGUGAGUGUCUGUUAAGCAAGAUUAUUGCCUUGGCCAUGAUAUCUGUGACCUGAACUUGGUUAUUUUUAUGUUAUUUUUGUAAGUUGAUUAAGAAGUUAUAAAGUGUUUGAUUUGGCACUUCUCUUUCAGUUCACAGAUGUAUAUUUCUUUCAAUGCUGAUAGAGUUUACAGUUCAAUAUAAUGUUGCAUUUAGUAAAGUUACAGGUGAUAGGGAAGGAGAGCAGAGGUGUGAUGUUCUUUCCUAAGGUCACUCUCCUAUACCUUUUUUACAAAUAAGAUUUGGCAUCCAUUUAUCUGUGAGAUAUGUUUGUGUCUGUCUCCAUAUCCAGGUCAGCGAAAAAUUGAGCAUAUAGGAAAAUCUAAAAAGCAGUCAUUGAUUCUGCCACAGCUAUGUUAGUGGCAGUAACUGCAAUACUUAUUUCCCCAUUAAAAUUGCCCUUCCUCAAAAGUUCAGUUAGGUGAGCUUAAAAGCAUAUUUAUUGACUACCAAAGAGUAUGCCAUGAAUACAGAUACAGAUGCAGACACAGACAUAAUCAUGGAUCACAAACAAAUGGAUACUGGCCUAGAUCAGUAAUGUGUUGAUGGCUGUUAAGCUGAGCGUCUCUCUCGGAUAUUGUUUUGUGACCUCCUGAUGGUGUUGCCCCCCCUCUACAAGCUGUUUCUUAGUGUCCUUGUGUGAUGUGGUACAGAGUUCUCGUACAAGCCUGUGACCAUUUGCACAGUCAUUGUGUACAGUCCAGCCAUUCUUCCAGACCUGAAGCAAUAUAAUCUAUGGAAUAGUAAAUGUGGCCAGAUCUGCAGUAUUACUGGAAUAAAGCAGGGGCAUUAGAUUUUAACUGUACAGACAAAUGGAAACUCCUAAAGUAUCCACUGUAUACUGUUCUUUCUGACUAUUUUCUUGAGUUUCCUUUUGCAUCUUACUGAUGGGAGAUUUCACGAACAUUUAAUACACAAAACAUUUUAAAUGUAAGGUUGAAGGCUGCUGCCAAAAUUUUGUAUCAUGUUAAUUUGUGCAAAGAUAUAUAAAGUGUGUGUGUGUGUGUGUGUGUGUGUGUGUAUUUACCUAUUUGUAGUCUACCAGGCUACAAAUAGGUGUGGGGGUGGGGGUGGGGAUGGGUGGGUGGGUGGUUGGGGGUGAGUGUGUGUAUCCCUGCAUAAAUGUGUGUUCAUACAUACGUACUUCUCUUCAGAAGCUAUCUUGUUGACAGUCUCAGUGUUCCCUUACCUAGGAGUGACAUGAUAGCACUUCACAGCACAGUUUGUGAGGUGCCUCAUGGGUGAUGUGACCAAGAAGUCAGUGAGAGCCACUGUGUGGGCCACAGGUGGAGGCAGCUUGACAUGAGCUUUCCUUUUCCAGUGUUGUUUGGAUUCCUUUUUCAGCCUGCCUCACGCUGCUAAAACCCUUCUUGCAAGAUGAAAUUUCACAUAUUUUAAAACUGCAUGUCUUUUUUUCUUUUUUUUAACUGAGAUAUUGUCACUCUCAAAGCCCCAUUAUUUAAUUGAAAAUGGAUAUUUUGAAAUGUAAGAUUUGUAAAUACCGUAAAUCUCAUUUGUCAGAACUCAUGGUAGAGAGAUGUGCUCUUCAAACUUCUUCCUUUUUUUUUUUUUUUUUUUUUUUUUUUUUUUUUUUAAGCAUUACUGUCACAACCCAUUUGCAAGUCUCUUGACAUCAUAUGGAGAGGUUAGUAUCUCCAAUUGUCUGGUGUUAUGUUAUGUACAGAAGGGGCAACCCAGGAAAAUUCCUAUCAUCACCCAUUAAUGGGGUGCAAACCAUACCUUGAAGAACACUGUUUGAAGACUUCACUCAAGACAGAAAGGAGGCAGCACAGGCUGGCCAGGGCAGGCUAACUUCUUCCUCACCUCACUGAUCUUGUUUGAUAGUGUAAGAAACUUGCUUGUUUCAUAGUCUCAUAUCCAGUGUCUGUGUGCACCAUGUGCCGUACAUAUACAUGCAGAUGACCCCCGCCGUGAGGGGAAAAUACAUGUUGAGUGCAACAAAACUAAGCAUUGUAAAAUUAAUAUCAGUUCUUCCACAAGUUGAAUGUUAUUUGUAAAAAUUUAUUUUCUUCAGAUAUUUUUUUUGCAAGUGUUCCCACUUCCAAGUUCAUCCAUUAAAUCUUUUAAGGCAAUCUUAUUAACUUCUGAGACGAAUUGUAUAAACAUCAUGAAGAAAUAUAAUAUUAUUUUGGCACAGUCUUCUCAUUUUGUGUAGUGUAUAUGUUCUAUAGAUUCCAGAUGAAUAUUUUGUAAGUUUUUGUCUCCUUGAUUUUUCUUACUCUUUCUCCAUGCCAUAAACUCUGCCCUCAUCUUUCCUCCAUGGUGGCUUUGUGGUCACUCUUUGCACACUGGCAGACACAGCAGCCAAUAGAGGGAAGCUUCUGCCAAACACAAGUGAUGCACUCAAAAUAAAUUUCAAGUAUGAUUAUGUGUGUGGUUCCCUUCUGGAUUCACAGUGAAUCAUGACCUCUGAUACCCCUGAGUAGCCGUUGUAUGGAGUGCAGGUGGAGCCUUUCACUACUUUGUGCUUCAUGAGGCACAGCCAUGAGGCACAGCAGUCUGCCUUUUCAUGCAAACCACCACCUACCACACAAAGACAGUGAUGAGUGUAAACCUGAAUACACUAAUGAGAGAUCCUUCACAUACUAAGAGUACUGCCUCGUUGUUUAAGUAGUGUUUCAGUUUUUAACAUUGUGGUGUUACAUGAUUGUCAAUUUCAUCAUUGCAAGUUUAUACAAAGGGUGACACAAGAAUCAGGGGAAAGACUGUUUGAAGAGAUGUGAACAAAGUUGGACUCACAAGAGAAGGCUUGCUAGACAAAAAAAAUGAAAAGUGAAACCUGGCAGUGACCCCAAAUAGGGAAAAGCUUGUGGACAUUAAGAAAAUUGAAAAUUAAUUGAAAGCAACAACAUGUCUGUGUUUGUAACAGUAGUUGUUAGUCAGUGGGAAGGACAAGGCGCGCCUCACCAGCCUCCCAUACACCAGACACUUGUGCUGUUGCUGCUGCUGCCGCGUGCAACCAGUCACCACACAGCACAGCCCUCGGCCUCACUCCGCCCGUCACACAUAAAUCUCCUGUUUUGUUGCUGGAUGCCUUCAAUUCAUACUUGUCUCAAAAUUGCUUAGUAAUUAUUAUUUUCCUUCUCACUUCUUUUUUUUUUUUUUUUUAAGCUCUCUAGACAAUUAUUUGUAUUAGUAAAACACCAUAGCAAUGUACUUCACAUUAAUGGAGGUAAAUGUAUAUUAAAAUAUAGUAUUUUUAAUACAUGUUGUGGGUGUCAUUAUAAUUAUAUACAUAUCUAAGUAGCAGUUAUUGUGGUAAGUUGUAAAUAAUUAUUUCCUUAGCUUUUCAUAGUGUAUAGUUGAACGAGAAUUAUGUGUUAGUAUAUAUAUAUAUAUAUAUAUAUAUAUAUAUAUAUAUAUAUAUAUAUAUAUAUAUAUAUAUAUAUAUAUAUAUAUAUAUAUAUAUAUAUAUAUAUAUAAGCAUUUUGCGUACCCAAAUAUAAUGGCUGCAUAGCAUGAUGAAAAGCUUUGUUUAUGAGGAGUGAAAGAAGGUUAGUCCUAUGUCUAAAUUGAGUGUGUGUGGAUGGGGGUCAUUAUUUUUGGCUAAUAUUUAUGAUUACAGUACACUUGUCUCAUAAUGUGUUGAGGAUUAGUAAUUAUCAGUAACUCAGUUAUUCUCAUUAUUGUUUUGCAGUGUUUGCUCCAAAAUGUUAACAACAUCAGCAUUCUAUUCUAGAGUACCAAGGUGCAGCAUAACCAAUUGGGGCAUAACAAAAGGGCCACUCAAGGGUCUCUUUAGUCAAACUUUCAAGACAUCACUCUCUCGCCAUAGCUGAGAAGAGUGAAAGUCAGGAUGACCAAUCAACAAGGGAGUGAGGGAAAGGAAGAGGCUUGUAGCUAAGCAUCACUAUUGUAGUCAUCAGUAUUGACAAGCCAAAUAUUGUUCUUGGUACCUUUGAACUAUUUAAACAAACAUUGGAAUAUCACAAGGACAUUUUCCAAUGGCCACAAGUAUAACACCAAUAUGUAAUGCAGCAUGCUGUGCAGCUGGUAUGGGUCAAAUAUGAAAUUACAAAAUUAUGAGUAGUUCAUUAAUAUUAAAAAAGAUUCAUUCUCCAUUAUAAGAAAAAAAAAUACUUUACAUAAUGAACUUCAUUAUACAGGAGGUACAAAAUUUUUGUUGCAAAAGUAAUUUAUCACUGAUUUAUGAGAAUCACCGUUUUUCACAGACCCAGUGUUCUAGUGUACUGUUUGCUCUGUGUCUGGAUACACUUUCAGUGCUGAGAUCCUUAUGGAAAGUUAUUGGGAAAGGAAAACCACAUAUGAAAAAAAUCCCAUCUGUUGUUUGACACUAAUUCCACUAAUUUAUUUUCUUUCAUACUUCGUGUGUGUGUGUGUGUGUGUGUGUGUGUGUGUGUGUGUUCCACAAAUUCUCCCAUUACCAUUUACCUUUUCUUCUUUAUUAAUCCUUCACACUUAUCCAUUGAUAUUGUUCACGUCAUCACAACUAGAAACAAACUACACCUUUAAUGUGUUUAUUUUUAUAAAGCUGUUAAAAUCAACAUUUUCAUUUCACAAUGAAAUGUAUAUGACCAACCAUUAGCUCCCUACCUUUGCACUUGUUAAAUAUUCCUUUGCAACACUGAAAGCUCCAUAUUUUGCAAAAUUUUCCUUCUGUAACAUGCAAGGCUGUUGUUAUGUCAUGUCUGUUACUUCUUUCCCAUCCUUCAUGUCAGACUAAACAUGAAGGAACAAUGUGCUGUACAUUGAAGUUGUGUACAAUAUUAAACUACUGUGUGCAUGGAGAGGAAAGUCAAUAAUAUUUUAGUUGUAAGCUUAGUUAGAAAUAGAAUUUUUAUUUAUAAAAAUAUUCUUGUUUUUGUAAUAGUUGUUUUAGGGGUGAGAGAGAGUGGCAGGUGGAGAACCGGGUUGUGGCCUUGAGAAUACCGGUGAGUCUGUUUUUGUUGAUAUUUCUUUGAGAGAAACAUUCCAUUGUGUAGCGGAAGGAAGCCGUCAUACUCAUGGCAAUACAUAUAAUCCAUGUAUGGUGUACAUUUCUCUUAAUAAUAGCUUUGAACCGAACCUCAUAGAUACUUGUUAAUGCAAUGAGCCACUCAGUGUUGUUUUUAUUGCAUUUCCUGGCAAGAGAAUGCAUGUGAAAGGUUAACUCAAGUGUUUUGUAGGGGUAAGAUCAUGUAUGGGAAGCAGAGAGGGAAAGAGUGGUGGUGGAGGGUCUGCAGUGUGUACAGAGGGUGUGUGCCCCUGCCAGCUCUUGAAUCAAUAUAUAUCUGCCAUGUAAGAGGCCUUAACCCAAUCAUCUAGUAGUUGUGUGUGUGAUACAAGGUCAACCCUAACCACAAAAUGUUAAACUGCAAACCUUGUUGUGUUAUGAUCUCUGCCUUUGUUUUGUCUUGGUUUACAUGGAGGUGACCUCCAGAAGGGCUUUUGGGUAGUGCGAAAAAAUACUGUAGUCACUGCCAGCAACUUGUCCCCAAACCCCCAUCCUCUCCCUCACCCUCUCCAGGGUAUUCCCAACUUUAUCCCCAAAGUUUUUUCACAUAUAUAA